AUGGCUUCCAUCAACCUCGACGACGGCACCUGGACGAUAGAUGCGCUCAAAAUCAGGAUCACAAGCCACUCACUAUUCAAGCAGCAUGGAAUGGAGAUGCCAGCAAGAAUAUUAGAGCAGGAUCUCAAAAGCGCCGCUCGAUUCUUUGACCAACACGACUCGUCGAGUACGAUAGCGGACGGCAAAACCCCUCGACCACUGGAGUACCAGUCCUAUACUGUCAACCCCGAUCUGAGACCUAUGGCUGCAGCAGCUGGUCUGAACAACACUCAUGGAAAGGAGUUUAGCAAGGCUGUUCUCGCCCAGUGGUUACAGCGCUGGGAUGUCGAUAAUGCUCCGCGCAUGGCUAUGUUCCUGCCACGCCAAAAGGAUGGCAAGUCUGUUGUCCCAAAGAAGAUUAUCCAGACACAAAACCAGACUGGACCGAAGCCGACAGGCUCUAGGAAACGAAAGACUUUGUCUGCCAUGCCUUUCGUGCCACAGAAACGCCAGAGCAGGACCAGAACGAUGGCCAAAGACGACGAUGUCGAAAUGCUCGACGAAGGCGACCUGAGUGACGACCGUUACCACACGCAGUCUACGCCGAAGGCUGCCACGCUGACUCGGGAACAACGCCAAGAGAACACAAACUCUCAUGAGUCUCGAACCAGCCGAAAGAUCGCUACCGAGACACACCUCGACGCAAGCAAACACAGGGUGCUACGGGCGCGCAAACUGGUUGCCGAAGACCAAGACCACGAUCCUACAGACGAUGCCACGGGCCGCAUCGGUGAGGAAGACGACGAUAUAGUUGAAGCUGGUACCGAACAGUCGCAAAGAUUCGCUGGGAGACGACGCGGCCCUGGACUUAAGGUGACCAGGAGUCGAAAAGCUCAGAAGAAAGCCACGAGAGCUGGCACGACAAAGACUGUGGAGCAACUCGCAGAUCAACAGCAGCAGAAAGAUGAUGAAGAAGAGCUGAGGAUCCACAACCAGCUUCGUCAGGGGCGCUACUCUGAUCCUCUUCUCGCAGACACCUAUCGUGUCAAGAACAAGACAGUUCUUGUGCGUUUGGAAGGGCACGUCCGACCUGGUGUCAAGCCGGCUCCUAGCGAACAACUGGGCACACGGCGCCUCUACAAGCGUGAGGUAGACCAAGCAAGGGAGGAGGGAAGGGAUCUAGACCUCUGGAUGGGUGGAUCCUCGCCUUGA